AUGGGAGAGAGAGUAGAGGAAAAAGAUAAAGGGGCUUUAAUGGUGGAUGGGUUAAUUGAGGGUAUGCCUAUUUUUGUCAAAGAGCUAAUCGCGGGUGGAGUGGCUGGUGGGUUUGCCAAGACUGCUGUUGCCCCUCUUGAGCGCAUCAAGAUACUUUUCCAGACCAGAAGAGCUGAGUUCCACAGUCUUGGCCUGUUGGGAUCCUCUUCAAAAAUUGCAAAAACAGAAGGGGUGCUUGGUUUCUAUAGAGGGAAUGGAGCUAGUGUUGCUCGUAUAGUGCCUUACGCGGCAUUACAUUACAUGGCGUAUGAAGAAUAUCGAAAAUGGAUAAUCUUAGGUUUUCCUGGCUUUGGGAGAGGUCCUGUCCUUGAUCUUAUAGCUGGUUCAUUUGCUGGAGGAACGGCUGUGCUUUGUACUUACCCGCUUGAUUUAGUUCGUACUAAAUUGGCUUAUCAGAUUGUUGGGUCCUCUAAAGUCAGUGUUCAAAGGCAGUCCUCAAGAGACCUAGUGUAUAAAGGAAUUCGAGACUGUUUUUCCAGCAUAUACAAAGAAGCUGGACUAAGAGGUCUUUACAGAGGUGUUGCUCCAUCGCUAUAUGGAAUCUUUCCCUACGCGGGACUAAAGUUUUAUUUUUAUGAGGAGAUGAAAAGGCAUGUUCCAGAAGAUCACAAAAAGGACAUUAUGGUCAAACUUGUGUGUGGCUCAGUCGCUGGUUUAUUGGGUCAGACUUUCACUUACCCUCUCGAUGUUGUCAGGCGACAAAUGCAGGUGGAGAGGCUCGUGACGUCUAACAACAACAAUGCAACAAGAGGGACUAUAGAGACACUUAUCAUUAUCCUCCGAACUCAAGGAUGGAAGCAGUUGUUUUCUGGGCUCAGCAUCAACUACCUUAAGGUUGUACCUUCUGUAGCCAUUGGAUUUACCGUUUACGAUGUUGCCAAGGCAUACCUACGGGUGCCAUCAAGAGAUGAGACCGUGGCUGAAGUUGUUAAUAAUAACCAGAAAAUGAUUCAGCCAUCUUCUCUGCCGUCUCCAACUUCUUUGUCUGAAACUCAUCAAUAG